UUGCUGCUUGUACAGCACCCUCCAGUAUACACCUUGGGAUCUGGGAGCUCCUUGGCUCACCUUGCCUUCGAUCCGGCCUCCCCGCCACACCCCCUCUUCCGCACAGAGCGAGGUGGAGAAGUCACUUUUCAUGGUCCAGGCCAGCUAGUCGUUUAUCCCAUCAUCAACCUGCGGCGCUUUCAGACUGACCUCCACUGGUACCUGCGCAGCCUGGAAGAUGUCAUCAUCAGGGCAUUGGAUGAGGUGUCUGGGCUGACCGGGGAAAGGAUACCUGGCCUUACAGGGGUUUGGGUGGGUGGCCAAAAGGUGGCAGCCAUAGGCGUGCGCGCACAGAAGUGGGUGACAUACCAUGGACUGGCAGUCAAUAUAACGACAGAUCUCACCCCAUUCCGGUAUAUCACGCCGUGUGGGAUUGCUGAUCGCCCCGUGGCAAGUGUGCAGGUGCGCACGCGUGUACUGGCUGAUGUUCCUGCACCUGUCCAUGCUGUGGGUUUCUUAAGAGUGUGCAGCCUGUACAUUGCUGAUUUCUUGGCUUCCGCGGACAGACGCUGCUGA